CACCUGCGCCUUUCUACCGAAUGUCUCAAGAGACUGGGUCCCGACUGGAGGCGGUUGCCCAAACCAUGCUUCAUGGACAAUUUUGAAUCCAGCCUGGCCGUCUUUCCCACAGCAGUCGCCUUCUCCACGUCCCUGAGCGAGAAGGCCAGCAUACGGAGAGGCACCCCGCGACAGGAGCUGGACAUGACGUCCGAGGUCGUGACCGUGAACGUGGGCGGGGUGUUGUACACCACCACCAUGGCCACCCUGACUAGAUAUCCCGAGUCCCGCCUGGGCGGGAUGUUCCUGGCCCCGCAGCUGCUGCAGAAGGACAGCCAGGGCAACUACUUCAUCGACAGGGACGGGAAAGUGUUCCGGUACAUCCUGAACUUCCUGCGGCAGGGCUGGCUGCGUCUGCCCGAGGGCUUCCAGGACAUCGACAUCCUGCAGGACGAGAUCCAGUUCUACGAGAUCAACCAGCUGACGGAGGACAUGAAGACCAAGAAGCUCAAACCGCAUAAAGUCAAGGUCAUGCCAUAGACAAAUCCAUGGAACCGGACAAGAUGUAUUACUUAGGAUGAAAAUAUCAGGCUGAAUGGGAAAAAUUUGGAAAUUUACUAAUAAGGACAAAUGUGGAAACUUAAAUACAGAAAUGUAGAAAUCUAUAGAACAGAAGCAAAGUCCUUAUACUUUCUGUGUAUGUUUGUUUGGUUUCGUACGAUCUCAUAAUAAUAGUGAUACAUCACUAUUCUUCUUUGUGGCCAGACUAAAAUAAUACAAAGUUUAACAACAAAAAUAUCAGUGUGUGUGUACAUGUGUCUUCUGGUCGUAGCUCGAUUGCCCUUAUUUUUCACAUGGCAAACCCUCAGUAGUAUCUGUGUACAAGUCUCAGCUGCAUCAGCUUCACUCUAUUUUAUCUUACUGCACGUAGGCAAAUAAAAAACGC